AUGAAUAUUCGAAUAUUUCAUUUUAAUUUGGUUAAGAAACAAUAUGCUCAUAAAUUUGCUUCACCUGAUUGUCCUAAUUUAAUAAAUAUUAAGAAAGUAGUUUAUGAAAAAUUAAAGCCCAUAUGUUUUUAUAUAAAACAAGAUUAUACUAUGGGUCAUCACGUUCAUGAUAUGCAUUUUUAUGGAAUUUUAUGUUCUCCUUUAUUUGAAAAUAAAAGUUAUAAAGAUAUGAAUAUAAUGGUAGAAAAAUUAAUGAGUGAGAUAAAUUUAGCUGGAAGGGUUAAGUUACAUUGUCAGCCUCCUUCAAGAUUUAAUAAAAUGAAAAAGCACAUCAGAUGGAGAUGGAACAUGGAAAAGUGA